UCGCAGACAGCUGCCACUCCCACCACUAGGAGAAGGCACUCCACUGGACAAACAUCUUAUUCCCCAACCCGUGCCAAAGAAUGUGUGUACAGAGUCCAGUGACGGAACAGGUAUUUCUUAUGCUGAGCUUCGCUACGAUGUUCCAACAAAUGCUAUUCCAGUGAGCGAGAACUAUGGCGGACAUUUUCCUCCCUCCUCCUUUCCUCCCGACACCAACUCAGCUUUUGAAUUACACCCCAUGGCAAACUCUGCACACAGUAUCUCAGAUCCCCUGCAAAACCACAAUGACUUGUCCGACUCUGGCCAUAAAGGAGGUAUGAUGUCACCACUAUAAGUAUGGUUUAUACC